GUGAGGUCACCUCUCUGGAAGGACUCACCGUCGUCUACAGGAGCAGCGUUGACCUCUUCUUCUACGUGGUGGGGGGCAGCCAGGAGAAUGAGGUAGGACCCCAGGCCGUCACCCAGAGUGGGUACAGUGACGUCUCCCACCCACUCGCCCACAGGAAGGAGGUGGAGAAGCGCUGGCUGCUGGACAACAUGGAGGGGCUGUUCCUAGUGGUGGAUGAGAUCGUGGACAGGGG